ACUUUUCCUCCUCCUGCUCUGCUUAUUUACUGCUAGGCCGCCCAGUGCGUCUCGGGAAUUCCCUUCUCUUCCUUGACACUGGUGUCGUUCUUCUAUCUCGACUGCGUCUACCUCGAAGCUCUUCAGCAUCUUCAUUCCUUGUAAUCUCAUCCUUUGCAAUCCUUUCAUUGUCUUUCGACUUUUAUCAUGUUUCCCAAGACUCUUUGCACUUUUCUUAUUGCUCUCUCCAUAUCGGCUUUCACUGCUCAGGCAGCACCAUUCAAUCUCGACGGCGACGGAAACGACGGCAAAGGCACUACUUGCGAUGCGGCUCAAGUCGUUACGAAGACCGUCACUGUAACUGCUGCGCCAGUGGCAACCCAGACAGCUCCUGCAGGUGGAAACCAAGGAAGCAAUGGUGGAAAUGGCGGCAGCAACGGUGGCAAUUCUGGUACCAGCAACAACGGGAGCAGCGGCCAGAGCAACGGCGGUAACAAUGGCCAGAACAACGGCAACAACGGGCAGAACAAUGGUCAAAAUAAUGGCCAGAACAGCGGCCAGACCGGGCAGAACAACGGGCAGAACAAUGGCAACAAUGGUCAAAAUAAUGGACAGACCGGGCAGAAUAACGGUCAGAAUGGGCAGAACAACGGCAACACUGGUCAGAACAACGGCAAUGGCCAGAACAACGGUCAGAAUGGCCAGAACAACGGUCAGAAUGGCCAGAACAACGGCAACGGCCAGAAUGGCCAGAAUAACGGCAACGGCCAGAACAACGGUCAGAAUGGUCAGAACAACGGCAACACUGGUCAGAACAACGGCAACGGCCAGAACAACGGCAAUGGCCAGAACAACGGCGGCGCGAACGACCCCCAGACCUCCCUCACUCUCGAUCCCCGAGUUAUCGCCAAUGGUUUCAAACAAGAUGGUCAAGGCGUUCCUACUGCGGGACAAGUUCCAUCGCUCACCUCGACCAACAACUUCAUCAACUUCUGCCUUAAUUCCGAUUUACCUCUCACCGAUGGCAAACAGAUCAAGACUGGAUCUUGCAACCCUGCUCCUAUUGGUCUAAUCCCUUCCAUCGACAACAUGCCUUCUGCCAAGUUUACUUCCCCAGAAAACUUUAAAGACGCCGGUCCCGCCAACGAGCCGUUCACGGUCCGGCUUGCGAUUCGGAAUAUGGCCACUGGAAACUUCGUCAAUGCCAACGACAACUACUUUGCUGCCCCCCAGCAAUUGUCGCCCCAAGGGAAGAUCCUUGGCCACUCGCACAUAGUUAUCGAGGCGCUCACUUCCCUGCAACAAACCGAACCUCUUGACCCGAAAAAAUUCGUUUUCUUCAAGGGAUUGAACACUCCAGAUAACAAUGGUGAAUUAUCGGCGCUCGUUGACAAGGGUCUGCCCGCGGGUGCUUACCGCAUGUGCUCAAUCAACACUUCUUCCAAUCACCAACCUGCCAUCGUCCCUGUCGCUCAGCACGGUUCGUUGGAUGACUGCAGCUACUUUACUGUCGGAGGUAACGGUAACAAUAACGGUCAAGGCAAUAACAACGGUCAGGGCAACAACGGUCAGGGCAACAACAGCUUAGACAUCACAUCCGCUUCGGCCUCGCAAACUGGUGCCGCCGCCACUGCCGCCACUCCAGUCUCCUCCUCCGCCGGAGCUUCCCAGACUGGGGAAGCCGGAAAGGAUGGCAAGGGUGGUCAGGGAGGCAAGGGUGCGGAGACUAAUGACACUGUUUCCUCCGCCGGAGCUUCUCAAACUGGCGAGGCCGGAAAGGGAGAUAAGGGUGGCAAGGGAGCAGAGACUGCUACUUCCUCUGAACCUGCUUCCCCCACUGGCUCCUCUUCACCAGCUGGUCAGGAUGGCAAGACCAGUCCAACCAGCACUAGUGAAGCUGUCUCUCAAACCUCUGCAGGUGCCGGCCAGGGUGAAGGCCAAGGAAAGGGCAAGGCCAGUGAAGAGCAAUCCAAUGACCAGGGCAAAGACGGCCAGAACGAGGAUGAAACAAAUGGAAACGGAAAGGCGGACGAGAAAGCUCAGAAGAACGGGGGCAAGAACUAGAACCGUUCUUGAGAACGAGCAGUUUUCCUGGUGAUGACUGCUUUUUCUUCUGUGGUCCGUUUUGCUUUCGACGUUCCUUCAAUAUCUCUUUCCAUCCCAUAUUCAGUAGAUGUGACGAUGUGACGAUCCUCCUGCUUUGGUGAUGAUUUGCUUGUUUGCUGGGCUUUAUGACGCUAAGUUAUUACUCUCAUUUACAUUCACUUGUGCUUUUAUCUCUCCAAUUUUUCUUGUUUCUCUAUCCUUCCCGUGUAACCUUAGCCGUAUACGUACGCUGGUAAUCAGAGCAUGAAAUCAUCUAUGAG